AUGCCUUCCCGGUUUGCUGCCGUAACAAACAAAGAAAUUUCACAACUAAUCAAGCAAGCUGUUUCCGAAAUACACGAAGAAAGUGACGAAGCUCGGGGUGGAAGUUUUCACAGGUAAAUCUUUGUCUUUUUGACUUGAAUUUAUCGAUAAAACCGGCGAAAAAGUUUUGUUGUUUACAAAUGCAAAUUAAGUUUAAGUCUUGCGUUACUUUUUUUAGUUGACUUGUUCAUAAAUAAGCUUAAAACUAAAUCUAAUAAUCCUUUUUACAGAAUGAUUUUAAAUACAAAAAGAAUUCACAACUCCUUUUGAGGAAAUUUCCCCGCAAGAGGUAAACAAAUGCCUUCAAAAGUUUUAUUUGCCGGCAAGAAAAAGCGACGACAGCGGCCGUUCGGUCAUUGCGCGCCAAAAUUGUAAUCGUUGCAGGCAACAGAAAAUGAGUUAAAAAUCAUCAUUUUUGGGCUCAAUUAUCUCACUGUUUUAGUAUGUACUAAAACAAUUAUUCACCUCAGUGUCGGUGGCUAGUGAGCUUCGGUAAAUAUCCAUCACUAGCCACCUCCACUUCGGUGAAUAAUUGUUAUAUAGCUACUUACUACUUACAAGUCUAAAACGAUAAAAGCUUAAAAUUCUAAAGUACAAGGUGGUACUCUAGUAUCGACUAAUUAUUAACACUAAUUAUACUUAAAAUCUUCCUCCCUUCUGGUUAAUGUUUGAGGGCAGAUGCAGUCGAAAUCUAGGUGUAGCAGAGCCUUUGACCGUCUUGCCAUAAUCGCAUAUUUCUCGACAUUGUCUAUAUCGUCAUUAAGUUGAGGAACCAACGUGUUCCAAACUAUUGCUCCUCUACGAGCUACAGAGUUCCUCAUGUAGUCGGUGUUAAAACGAGGGACAUCAAUUUUCAGUUUCUUCCUAAGUUGAUAUCGCUUGAUGUUAUCAUUGUUCUUAAUAAUAGCUGACAUAGCGUCUGGAGUCAGGUUAUUGUGGAUUUUAUACAUAAGCUUAGCUAAGCUAAUUUUAUACAUAAAGGCUAAAGAAAACCAAUUAGCGUUUUUCAUAACAUCUGCAUUAGACAUCUCCCAAGGCAGCUCAAAGAUAAUUCUCGCAGCUCUACAAUGCAGUGCUUCUAAUGCCUUAAAACCUUCCUUAUUUGUGAGGCCUCCCCAUACUGAUAUACCAUAUACGAUUGAUGGCAUAAUAAUUCUAAAAUACAAGUCUAAUACCAUAUUAUUUAGAAGAAAUUUGCUACGUUUUAACAAGUUUAACUUAUCAACAAAGCCUUUUUUAAUAACACUAACAUGUUUAGACCAGUUUAGUUGAUCAUCUAUCAAUACGCCUAAUAGACGAGAGUGUGUAACCCAUUUGAUGUUGUGCUGGGCCAAUGUUAACUCUUUCAAUGGGUAAGUGAAUCCUCCACGAUGGAGGAUCAUUGCUUCGCAUUUCUUUGGAUGAGGCACAAGGUAGUUUGUUUUGCACAAGUAUAGAAGCUCUUCCAAAGCUUUGUUAAGUUCAGAAAUUACUGCGUCAAUAGAAUCGCCAAUGCAAUAAAGGGUACUAUCAUCAGCAUACAUGUAGGUUGUCGCAGUGGUUAUAGCUUCAGGUAAAUCACUUGUGUAAAGAGAAAAUAACGUUGGUCUCAGAACGGAACCCUGCGGUAUUCCAGAUUUAACAGUGUUAAGAUCUGAUGCUAUACCAUUUUGGACAGUAUAUUGUUUUCUAUUGUCAAGGUAACUGCGCAGCCAGUCGAGCAGCACUCCAUUAAUUCCAAAAUCAUUUUCUAAUUUACGUAAUAGCACAUUGUGGAAGACACAGUCGAACGCUUUCUGGAAAUCUACCAGCACUAUACCAACAACUUUAUUUGAAUCAAUGGCACUCCUCCAAAUUUCUGUCAUAUGUACUAGCAACAGCUCUGUAGAAUAUCCUCUCCUGUAAGCCCAUUGUUUGUCUGUAAUUAAUCUAUUUUCAAUAAAUGCGUGGUGAAUGAUCGAAUCAGCAACAAUGGUUUCAAGUAUUUUGCUCGGAACACUGAGAAGAGAUAUGGGGCGAUAAUUUCCGAUUUCAGUCUCGUCAUCCUUUUUAAAAACAGGAUUGACUCUCGCAGUCUUCCACUGGCUAAAGACGUAACCAUCUUUCAAACUCAUAUUGUAAAGGAACAUCAACGGGGAUAGCAAUGCAUCUCCAGCUUCCUUGACUAUUUUUGGUUAUAUGUUGUCGGGUCCUGUCGCUUUAUUUGUUUUGAGAUUAGCUAAUUUUCCUCAAUGGCCAAAGGCGAUAGUGCAAUGUUAUUGACACAGGGAUCAAUCUUAGUUGACAUGGCCAGGUGAGAUAGAUAUUGGGGCUGGAAACUGCCAGCCAGUUUCUCUCCGAUGUUAGAGAAGAAAUUAUUGACUAGGUUUGACAUAACCGCCUUUCCUGAAAGGACUUUCAUGAUUGGGUUAGGUGGAAAAUGUGGAAUACGGGUCACGGAUUUUGGAGUUAGGAGUACGGAGAAAAUGAGGAGUGUUAAAAAAUAGUAAAGAAAAGUAACGAAAGAAAGAAAGAACACGACAAAAAGCAAGGAACAUGUUAAAAGCAAACUCAGUGCGUGCAGCAUUCUUUUGAAUUGACGGUUUUAGCAAACGGUGCUUUUUCAAUAAAAAAAAGGAAUGCAUCAUUUUAUUUUCUUUGCUUUAAGCUAGAUUGUACAGUAUUGGUAGUUUUAGCAUUUACUAAUGCUAAGAGGUCACAUGAUUGAUGUUUUCAUCAGUCACGUUGGGUGUUAUAAUAAGUUGGUCAAGUGGUUGAUGAUAAUGUGAUUGGUUUUCAUGCAGCGCGACACAUCACGUGGCCAUUGUCAUAACCAGCUAGCUAGUUAUUGAUGCGUUACUUGCGUCAAUGAGGACGUUAGCAUGACGUCAUUACAUUUAAGACCAAAUGAUAUGACUCUUAGGGUUGAUUAUUUAAAUGAAGUCUAACUUAAGCCGUGGUUUAACAAAUCUUUAGACUACUUUUCUUGUCUACUCUGUAUGCUUUUACAUAAAACUGUUCACAAUAAAUGGUGUUUAGAUAGAACCGUUCUGCAAAUUGAAAAUGGCUUAGAAUGCGGUUUUGUUAAACACUGGCUAAAAAACAUUUAAAUAACUGGCCCUUAGGGUUUAUUUUAUUGAAUAACAAAUGUAAUUACAUUUAGGGCAAAAUCUUGUUACAUUUAGAGCAAAACUGACGCAAGGUUGAUUUUACAGUGGGCUGAUAUAUAUUUUGUUACCAAUAUUUCAGAAGGCCGUACCUUCCGAAAUAGUGAUAGCAAAAAGUAUAUUCCCGACUGUCAAAUCAGCCUUGCUUCGUUAGCUUUAUAUUUUAAGUUAUAUAUAGCUGAUAUAGAUCCUUAAUUAGGAUCCGGUUUUUCCAUUUUAUAACGUUGGUCCUUGCUUCCAAAACUGAAUUUAUUACAUUUUGUUACAUUUAGGUCUUCUACAGCAGUCAUGGUUGCUUUUCUA